CCCUUAUGCCAAGAGACCAAGAAUCAAACGUGGGCUCCUCCUCAUCAGCUAUAGCGCUCCCUCAUGUGCCCUCGAUUGCUCGUCCGCCGUCGUCGGUCAGGUACUGUUCUGUAGCAGCGCCGUCGUCUAUAAGGUAGUGUUCUCUCCUCUGGAACUGAGUCGUUAAAUCUUUCGUUCCAGAUCCAGAUCGAUACCGUACCGCGAUUGGGUACGCUCGAUCCAGAUCGAAAUUCGUAGGGGUGAACGAAUUAGGCAACUAUGGUCUCAACGUGCCCCACGAUGUUAUCUUUGUCGCGCAUUUCUUCAAAUAGCUUGCCUUAUCUUCCUUCAAAUAGCUUGCCUUAUCUUCCUUCAAGAUCACCGGCAAAAGUAACCCGGAUAAGAGCUACAUCUGCGGAUACAGGACACAGUCAACCACCCUCCUCUUCUUCGGAAAAAAAGAAUCCACUUGCAGUUGUUUUGGAUGCUCCUCGAACUAUUUGGAAGGCAACGUUACGACCAUUGAGUGAUUUUGGUUUUGGUCGUAGAAGCAUAUGGGAAGGUGGGGUGGGGUUGUUUCUAGUUUCUGGUGCAGUUCUCCUUGCACUCAGUUUGGCCUGGUUGAGGGGGUAUCAAUUGCGGUCUAGAUUCAGGAAAUACUUUGCUGUGUUUGAGUUUACUCAAGCUUGUGGAAUAUCCACUGGAACACCAGUGAGGAUUAGAGGGGUCAAUGUCGGCAGUGUUAUCCGUGUUAACUCUUCCUUGGAAAGUAUUGAAGCAGUUGUUGAGGUUGAAGAUGAUAAAACUGUGAUACCUCGAAACUCGCUGAUUGAGGUAAACCAGUCAGGUCUUCUCAUGGAAACUAGAAUCGACAUUACACCUAGAUAUCCAAUUUCCAAUAUUUCAGUUGGGCCUCUUCAUCCUGAAUGUGACAAAGAAGGUCUUAUUGUAUGCGAUAGGCAAAAGAUGAAAGGAUAUCAGGGGGUAAGCUUAGAUGCAUUGGUAGGUAUAUUCACUCGUCUUGGACGUGAAGUGGAGGAAAUCGGUAUUGCGAAUACGUAUUCACUUGUUGAACGAGUUGCUUCUGUUAUAGAAGAGGCAAAGCCACUGCUUAUAAAGAUACAAGCCAUGGCUGAAGAUGUUCAACCUUUGCUGGCUGAGUUUCGUGAUAGUGGUCUGCUAAAGGAAGUUGACAGUUUGACCAGAAGCCUUACACAAGUUUCGGAGGAUGUGAGAAAGGUGCAUUCAUCUAUUAUGACCCCUGAGAAUACAGAACUGAUUCAGAAGUCCGUGUACACUUUGAUUUUCACCUUGAAGAAUAUUGAGAAUUUAAGCUCUGAUAUUCUUGGAUUUACGGGUGAUGAGGCUACAAGAAAAAAUUUGAAGUUGCUGAUCAAGUCUCUCAGCAGGCUAUUGUGAAGACUGAAAGGUGGACAUAGGAUAGUUACUUACCUUGGUUGAGUAGAUGUAAAUGAUUUCUUGCAUCCAUUAUAGUGGGGACGGGUGAAAAUGAAGUGUGGCUUUUUUUACUUUUUAAUGCACAAAAAGGUUUCAAUUUGAGAGCUACAUUUGCAUUCUCUAAUCUGGUCAAUUCAAGUUUUGUUGAUGUUUCCUCAUAACCUAAGUAGAUAUAAAGUCGCGUAUUCUUUUGUGCAGAUGCCUGUUGCUAUCAGAAACCAUCAUUCCAAGUUGAAAAUGUUCAUUCCAAAUAUUUAUCUUGGAGCCUCUAUGUGUUUGGCAUGGGGCCCCCUUUCCCAAUUGAAGUAUGUUUCUGAUCUAAAGUAUUUUAUGACAAGGAAUUUUUCAGUUUGACAUGGACAUACAUUUUACAACUCAAUAGUGCUUAAGUUGGCCUUAUGCAAAGUAUAACUAGUGGAGAUAUGUUUAUGUGGGCUGCCCCCAAAUUUUCAAAGAGUAUAAAGUUACCAAGAGUCACGCCUACGUGUGUGGCUGUCAGUCGUUAAUGCAAGCUGGUUCCACAAUGCAACGCGCAAAGAGCAUUGGGAGCUUUUUGCAUGGCAACCCCUGAUCCAACCCUCCAUCCACAAUGCUUUUAACAUCUCCACAGUCAAUAGUAUGAAUUUGAUGUCUUUAUUUACAUUUGUACUUAUUAAGUUUGGAAGCUUUGAAAACGAAGGGGGAACCAUCUCAAUAGGUUAGCGAUGCCCCAUCUUUAAUAAGGUGAGAUCCCACAUAUCUUUACCAGCUGAUCUUUUGUACUGUGUUUGUCUGAAAAACAAAAGAUGUACUUGAAUAUUUUGCAUCA